UGGCUAGUUACGAGGAAAUCUGGAUUACUUAUAAUUAGGCAGCGGAAGCAGCACGCGACUUAGCGGUUGCUCUUUGCAAGGAAAGGAGAGAAGUGCGAUCCCAUUCCAUUCCACAGCCUUAAAGGCGAAGGAAUCGCUUCAUUUUCGUCUCUUUGACUCUCUCUUUAAGCUUCUCUUCUCUUUGUAAAAUUAAUCAACCGAAAAAGAAGAUAAUUUAGAGAAAAAUGGGACUUUUAUCUAAUAAGAUCGGAAGAGAUGAGCUGAAGCCAGGAGAUCACGUAUACUCUUGGAGGCUCGUUUAUGUAUACGCCCAUCACGGGAUAUAUGUUGGGGAUGGAAAGGUUAUCCACUUCACUCGUGGAGCAGGUCAGGAAAUUGGGACAGGCACUGUGUUAGACCGUAUUAUUUUCAGCUCUUCUCCCUCUCAUCCUUCAGACAAUCCAUGCCCGAACUGCGGUGAUCAAUCAAGACUUGAUGGUGUUAUCUCAUCCUGUAUAGACUGUUUCCUUGCGGGUGGGAAUUUGUACCUCUUUGAAUAUGGUGUCUCUCCAGCCUUCUUUCUUGCCAAAGCUAGAGGAGGGACCUGCACCCUUGCUGCUUCUGAUCCACCCGAAGAUGUCCUGCAUCGGGCUUUUCUCCUACUGGAAAAAGGUUUUGGUGUCUAUCACAUCUUCAAGAACAACUGUGAGGAUUUUGCAAUAUACUGUAAGACAGGCCUACUCAUAUUCACAAGCAUCAGCGUUGGUCGGAGUGGGCAGGCAGCAUCCUUUUUAGCUGCUGCCAAUGCUAUUAUUUCUUCACCACUUCGAUUUUUAACGACCAGUGUUAGUGGGUUGGCAGCUGUUAGUUGUGGUAUGUAUUGUGUUAGCCGGUUUAUUUCUGACAUUGGAAUACGUCGAGAUGUGACCAAAGUGUCUGUUGAGAGACUCGUUUCUCAAUCCAGUUUAGAAGAGCUGGACAUUGCAGCCGAUGCAGCUAAGGAUAAGUAAUCUUAUUUUACCAACAGCAAAUUAUGUGGAUCAAAAAAGAAAUAUAUCUAUCUGGUUGAUAUUUGUGACUGUAAGUGCAGAAAACUUGUUUAAUGUUUGUUGUACAAUGCUUCUAACAAUGUGUUAUUCUUAUUUGUUGGCCACACAGUUUAUUUGUUUAUAGGGAGUGAUUUGCUUA